AUGGCAGACUCGGCGACGGGGUCGGCUGCGACCGCACCAGGCGAGUUACGUCCUGCCCGCCCGGCCGAGGAGGAAGAGGCAGUCGAUCCCCCCAGCGAGAGGUCCGCGCGCCCGGGAGCGACCCCCAGCGACGCCACGGCCCACGAUCCACCAGGGCCCCGGGAGGGGCCAAUGGGGCACCGAGGACCGGGUCCACGUCCACGCGACACCUCGCCGAGGGGAGAGCUGGAUCAAGUCCGUGGUUUCUCCUGGCUCACCUCGGACGCCUGCAGGGCCUUUCUCAACCAGCAGAAGAGAAGGCUCGACAGCUGGGGCGUGUCGAAGGAACACGCGGGCACGUGCGUGCUCGUGCCGGAGGCGUGGGCGAACGCAGACCCGCGGGACUUGUCGGCGUCCCUCGACCAGGAUCUAUUCCCUCGGUGGGAGACGAUGGAACAGCGGCUGCACUUCUCCCUCAACGACGUCACCACCGCGUGGGCGCGCGCCGCCGUGUGGUUCAACGACUGGCCGCGGACGGGCACCGACUUGGACGCCUUCAAUGCCGGCAGGGAAAGUGCCAUCCCGCCCAUGCAUGCCUCCCAUCUGUGCCACCACGGGUUCUGCAUCAACCCCAAUCACCUGGUGUGGGAACGGGCCAGCACCAACCUCUCGCGCAACUGGUGCAUGACCGCGGCGCGGGUGUUGCGAGAGUUUGGCCAUCCGGUGCCGGAGCGCUGUCGGCGGCAUGAGAAUCCGCCCUGCAUGAUGCAACACGCCGCCCUCACCACGACCGAGGCCUUCUGUCUCCAAUUUCACGUCCUCGGUGUCGCCGCCGGCGACGACGGUCUCGCCCGCUGGUGCCUGCCGCGCCCGUCGGACCAUCCCCGGUCCUAUACCACGUUCGAGGGCCGUCUGCCGGUGCAGAUGCCCGCGACGGCCGUGCGGGCGGACGCGUCACUCCUCGUCGUCCCACCGGCCGAAAACGCCACGGCCACCGACAUCAGGGCGGACUUGAGGCUAAGGUGUCGUCUGUGUGAGGACACGGGCCGCCGCUGGACGAAACCCACCACGGCCUGGGCUCACAUCGUCGUCCACCACGCGGGCCACCCGCGGGAAGAACGCACGCGCGAGAUCCGGCGGAUCGCGGAGGAGUAUGCAGCCUGGGCGGAGGAGCGGUUCUACCAUCUCCCGAGCCACAACCCGCAGACGUGGGCGAAAAUUGUGCAGGCGCGCUCGCCAGACUUCGACUGGGAGGUCGUCGAGUCGUGGCGCCUGCACGAGGCUCGUUUCUACCAGCGCCAGAAAGGGGCGACGGGCGAGGGGUCGACGGUGUUCGCGCCCAGAAAUCCGACCGGAGGCGUGCCCUGA